GACGCACAGUCGCAACGUCAUGACGGACUGAGUCGUGACGUCACGACGCACGGGGAAAUCACGUGGUGCGUCAUGGCGGCCCCCUGAGUAACAUUGAGACAGUGCGUUGACGCCAGGAGCAUUGCUGUCCUUAGCAUCGGGGGAGUUGAGCGAUCUGCAUGGCGACCACGAUGCGUCACGUGACACGUCUGGUCCGGCUCGUCACAGCAAGCAGGAGUGGGGCCUGGCGGUCUGCGCUCGAGCCUGCCUCGCCUAAGUGGCCUCCAGGGGCCAUGUGCGGGUUUCCCGGGGUUGCAGAGCGAUGGAUGUCCACCAAGAAGAGCAAAGCAAAGGCUAAGUCGGGUGGUGGAGGUGGAGCGGCGAGGGUGAGCAUGCCGCCCGAGCUGGUGGACAACGUGAUCGACCUUGAAGGCGUGCGCGGGGAGAUGGACGCCACCCUCGCCUCACUCCGUGAAGACCUCCUCAAGGGCGUGUCAUUGCGCACCGCCCCAGGCGCGCUGGACCACAUUGCCGUGGUGACCGCAGAGGGCAGAGUUCCGCUCAAGCAGAUCGGUCAUGUGACUGUGCGCUCACCCAGCCUGCUCGUGGUCAACAUGGCUGCCUGCCCACAGGUGUGUACAUGA